UCCCAGAAGGCCGCGCGGCCCAGUAGGGGGCGCUUCAGUUCCCAGGGCGACCUUGGGGCGGAAGGGGAGUUUUGGUGGGCUGUGAGGUCCUACUGUGUGCACCGCGGACCCGAGCACCGUGUGCCCCGCGUCGGCGCGCUGCUUCCGCCAGCGUCCUUCUCACUCUGCGCCCACCGCCAUGAAGGAUUCGCUGAUGCUGCAGGCCCGCGUCCCGGCGCACCCGGACUCCCGCUGCUGGUUCCUGGCCUGGAACCCCGCGGGGACUCUGCUGGCCUCGUGCGGCGGCGACCGGAGAAUCCGCAUAUGGGGCACCGAGGGUGACAACUGGAUCUGCAAGUCUGUCCUUUCUGAAGGCCAUCAGCGUACUGUUCGGAAAGUGGCCUGGUCCCCCUGCGGAAAUUACUUGGCCUCUGCCAGCUUUGAUGCUACCACUUGCAUUUGGAAGAAGAACCAAGAUGACUUUGAGUGUGUAACCACUCUUGAGGGCCAUGAAAAUGAGGUCAAGUCAGUGGCUUGGGCCCCAUCUGGCAACCUCUUGGCCACUUGCAGCCGAGAUAAGAGUGUGUGGGUCUGGGAAGUUGAUGAAGAGGAUGAGUAUGAAUGUGUCAGUGUCCUCAACUCUCACACACAGGAUGUCAAGCAUGUAGUUUGGCACCCAAGCCAGGAGCUUUUAGCCUCUGCCAGCUAUGAUGAUACAGUGAAGCUAUACCGGGAAGAAGAGGAUGACUGGGUCUGCUGUGCCACCCUUGAAGGUCAUGAGUCCACUGUAUGGAGCUUGGCCUUUGACCCCAGUGGCCAGCGCUUGGCAUCUUGCAGUGAUGAUCGUACUGUGCGUAUCUGGCGCCAGUAUCUACCAGGCAAUGAACAAGGGGUGGCAUGCAGCAGCUCUGACCCUACCUGGAAAUGUAUCUGCACUUUGUCGGGCUUCCACUCCAGGACCAUUUAUGACAUUACUUGGUGUCAGCUGACAGGGGCCCUGGCUACAGCUUGCGGAGAUGAUGCCAUCCGGGUGUUUGAGGAGGAUCCCAACUCAGAUCCACAGCAGCCUACCUUCUCUCUGACCGCCCACCAGGGCCAGGCCCACUCCCAGGAUGUCAACUGUGUGGCCUGGAACCCCAAGGAGCCGGGACUCCUUGCUUCUUGUAGUGACGAUGGGGAAGUGGCCUUCUGGAAGUAUCAGCGCCCUGAAAGCUUUGGAGCUACACCUUGACUUGGGAGAGUCACGAUUCCCCAGAAACUGUUAUAAGACUUUGGCAGUCACUGAGGCCCUAGAGAAGCAUCCUUGACCUUCAUUUAACAUGGCUGUCUUCAGUUCAAACGUGUUGAAGCCACAAGACCAUUUACUAUUUUCCCUCCUUUGACAUCAGGGAGCCAUGGAAUAGAGCCAUGGAACAUCAAUAUGUUGUGCCACAAAGUACACUUGACUUAAUGCAGUGUUACAUUUUGGGGGUGAAUAUAGUAUUUAUAAUCAUUGUACAUAUAUGUACGAGAGUGUGUUUCAGACCUUUCUGGAAUUGUAAGCUUUAAAGAACUAAUCCAACUUGCCCCAGUUUCUUAUAUUUCCAGUCUGAAAUAGAUCCUGCCUUCCCAAAUUCUAGAAAGUCCCACUUGAGCCAGUUGUGAUGGUACAUGCCCAUCUCUCAGCACUCAAGGAGCAAAGACAGCUGGAUGUGGGUAGUGCAUGCCUUUUAGUUCCAGCACUAGGGAGGCAGGGGCAGGCGGAUCUCUUAAGUUUGAAGCCAGCCUUGUCUACAUAGUGAGUGCCAUGCCAGCUGGGGCUCUAGGGAUACCAUCUCAAAAAGACUAAAAAAAUUUUUUAAAAGGAAAGGAGGAUCAGAAAGAAACUCAAUGCUAUGUUUGGCUACAUAGCAUGUUCAAAGCCAGCCUGGGCUACAUGAGA